AUGCGGGCGGAGAAGAUUAACACUAUCUUGAAGGUUGCUGGCGUCACUGUCGAAUCAUACUGGCCAAACUUAUUCGCCAAACUUGUUCAGAAUAAGAGCAUUGACGAUCUCGUUUUGAACGCUGGCGCUGCAGGUGGUGCCGCUGUUGCUGUAUCUGCUCCUGUCGCUGCUGCUGCUGGUGGAGCCGCUGCAGCUGCCGCACCUGCCGCCGAGGCCAAGAAGGUACUGUUAGUAAUGCUUUAUAUUAGGUUUCUGUCUUAAGGGUUAUAUUUAGUAAUGAUAUAUUAUUGAUUGAUGUUUUA